UGGGAGGUUCGGUUCUUGGAUCCUAACAAACACCCUUCCGUUUGAAAGAGUUUCUUGGGUCCGUUCCCUUCCCCGGUCGGUGGCGAGGAUGACGCCGGCGAGCAUGGUCGCCAUGCCCAGGAGCGUUCCGGCGGCGGUGGUGUCGGUCCCGGCGGCCGCGCGGGUGGGGGAGAGGAGGACGGUCCGGUUCUGCAGGCCCGUGGCCGCUUGCGGGGGGGACGACCAGCCGCCGUCGAUGGCCGCGGUGCCGGCGUCGCUGCGCGCCAUCCAGGCCAAGCGGAAGCUGGCGGUAGCGCGGCGCGGGGUGCCGCGGGCGGCCACCACGAGCGCGGCCGGGUGCGCGGUGGCGGCGCUGGUCAAGGCGGUCGAGGCGGUCCAGGGAGCGGCGGCUGGGGGCGCCGCGGAGGCUGCGCGAGGCGCCGGGGACGCCGUGGCGUGGGCCUUCCGCAAGGUGCACUUCCAGUCGCCGGACCUCGCCGUCGGACUGCUCGGGAUGGUCGCGUCCUGCCUCGGCACGGCCGUCGAGGUGGAGAUGGACAGCAUGAAGGCGAAGAAGCACGAGGCGUCGGGCAACGCGGAGCCCGACCCCGACGAUGACGGGGACACUGGGGGGGACUCCGAGGAUCUGCCGGAGUUGGUGGAGAUAGACAUGGAGAAGGAGCUCUGGGCCAGGAUCGGCAUCCUACAUGGCGAUGUGCAUGGAGACAACGACGUGGUGGAGGAACUCGAUGACGACGAGAUUCAGGAGAUCAACAGCGCCCGCGCGAGGCGCCGGAAGGCAGCGUACGAGAGGGUUAUCGCUACCGGCGGCGCCAACUCUCUCAUGCUAUCCAACUACGCGCAGCUCCUCUACGAGUUCGACAAGGACAUCAACAGGGCGGAGAUGUACUUCAAGCAGGCUGUGGCCGCCGAGCCGGCGGACGGCGAGGCGAUGCGGAGGUACGCCAUGUUCCUCUGGCGCGCCCGCGGUGACAUCGGCGGCGCGGAGGACAUGUUCACCGGAGCAAUCGACGAGGAACCUGAGAGCACCCACCACAGGAGCAGCUACGCGUGGUUCCUCUGGAUGACCGGCGGCGUCGAGACCUGCCUCAUCGACACCAGCAAGAACGGCAACGACGCCGAAUGAACCGCAACCCGUCGGACAAGACUUUUACCGGCAAGUGCCCGGCGUCGGGCCGGCCAUUUAGAUGGUGCAUCUAGGUAUUGCUAUGCAUGGCCAGCUAUGGCUAUACACUAUACAGCAGUAUAGUAUCAUCCGUGAGUAGCAUCCAUCGGCCCUUAUAGGGGCCAGUAUACCAGAUGAAUGCGCAU